AUGAGCGCCUCCAGGUUCGCCACGGUGUCGAUGCUGUCGAAGCAUGUCCAACAGCUCCUCCAUCAGUGUUUCAAUCAGAAAACUCUCGCCAGCGCCGAGCUGGUUGUGGAAAACAUCAUGUCGAACCACUGGGACCCCCACAACAAGGACGUACCUGCGUCCCGAUUCGACAUCCAAGUGCUGAUCUCCCAGGAUCUGUCGUUCAGAUGUCAAUUCAUCUUUGAUCCUCUGGAGCUGAACUUUCCGCCCGACAUCAUCCUGUCGGACAACCUGCCGCUUGUGCUGGAGGACAUCCAUUCGCUUGUGAACUGGAAUGCCACCGACAAAAACGCCCUGAGCGACCUGGUCAACGAGCUGAUCGAAAAGUUCCUGACGCUGCAAGCCGAUCAGGUCAGACUUCUGGGGAUCCAAAGAAUUCAAAUUCAAGCCGACAUGCUGGCGAAUAGACAAUUCUAUUCCUUUGUCAAACUCCGGGAGGAACCUCUUGUGGUGGUCCAGUUUAUCGUCCCUCUCUUCACUAUCGAGAAUGGAAUCAAGACUCCGCUAUUCAACCUCACUGUCGAUUAUUCGGUGAACACUCGCACGGAUUCCAUCCACGUCGAUGUAUCGACAAACGAGCCGAGCGAUGCCCCCGGAAAGCCAUUCAGGCUUCCUGAGUUCAGGGCAGCGUCAGAGAGCAUAGGGCUGUACUGCGAAAGCAUCGAAAAGCGAGCUUCACGAAAGAACGGCGAAGUUUCCGAUCGCUUCACUUCCAGACGAAACCUUAUCACGACCAUCUCCCAGCGCAUGGCAGCACAUAUUUUGGAGUUUGAUGAAAAGAAUUUUACCUAUCUGGCAUACAAGCUGCGAAUUGUAAAAGACCCAGAAUAUACGACGGAGUCAUCCUAUCGGAUCCGAAGAAGGACUUUCCUUUUUAUUGUGAAUGUCAAAGUCCAUCAAAACUUUCCCUCGGAAAACUACCCGCCGACCGUUUUCGUCAUUUGUCUCAACACCAAAAGCACAGUGCCGCUUCGGUUUAGAUACGACCCAUACAUGACACCUGAGGAAACGGCGCUGAUGAUCAUGUAA